AUGGGCAGUGAUUUGCAGCUCAUUGACACCCCCGGUGCCAAUUCCAUGUCUGGGAGGGUGGAGCACAACGUGUGGAUAGCCCACGCCUUGAACUUCUGCCCAGUGAACCUGAUCUUGCUGGUUGUCAAGGCGGAAGUGCGCAUGGACGCUACCAUGAAUGUUGUCACAGACUACGUGGAGAGAUUUCAGGAUUUCGAGGAGCUCUUGGCGCUUUGCAUCACCCACAUGGACACUGUGUCCUGGACACAGGAGAGAUUCAAGGAGCUUGUUACACAGAAGCUGGGGCUUGAGACGCCUAUUUUUGCGAGCAGGGUGACCAGCGGAUGUCGACUAAAAAAGUCGGUUCUGGCGCGCUGCAGGGAGCCUCAAGAUCUCUGCAUCACAUCCGACACGUUCCUGAAUUACUUCAAGGUCCAUGAAGGAACCUUCAAAAUAUUGAAGACUUGUCGGAAAGAGAUCACCCGUUUCCAGACCAUCAAGCAGGACUUCAUGAACCAAUUCUCUGAAUCAUGGUGGACAACUGAGGAGCGAGUGGAUGUUGUCUUCGAGUUCCAGGCAUGGAUGUUGGAGCAGGUUUUUGCUGCACAGAGGAGAGUGGCUGAGGCGUGUGACUUCACUUUCACCAGCGAUGACGCUCAGGUGAUAGCUAAUGAGGCAGGACACAUUGCCACCUUGACCAACCAGCUGAAGGGAGUGCUUCUUGAAGUCCGCAUGCUGGCUUUCGGCUUCCAACGCGACAUCAACACAGAUCUCCGGAAGUGCCCCCACUGCAGCGCGAUCUGGGCCAAGGAGGAGGGCUGUGACGGAGAUACUACCUGUGGUAACCGGGUGGGGAAGAUUCUUGACACCCGCUUCGAGAGUUUGAGCCAAUUCAGCUUUCGCUUUGAUGGUGAGCGCUUGCACAUCACUCAGGCAGCCAAGCGCAAGCUCAUGGGUUGCCAGAGCUCAGGUGGCGCAGGCUGUGGGAAGACAAUUGCUUGGCACAACAUGGCUCCGGUGGAACUGCCCCCCGAGUUCGUUCCAAGCGCCAGCCGCGUGAAGACGGAUGACGUCAACAUCCUGUUUCCGGAAGCUCGACUUUGCUUCAGUUACAUGUACGGCAAACUCAUCCGGAUGUGCAGCGCCAUCCGCCAGACUCGAGCGGCGAUCCGCCGCGCCAUCCCGCACGGUGAUCGCAGCCCGAUGGGAGGGGCCUGA